AUGACAAGCAAUGAGGCUCUUUCAUACGGAACACAAUCUUCAAAUGUAUCCACGCAAUCAAAUGAGAGUGAAAUAUAUUCAUCAGAACCAUCAAGAAAUGCAUCACAAUAUGGAUCAAUUCAUAUUCGUCUUUGUCGGAGACCAGCUCCAACAAUAGCAACUGGUCGGCGGCCAAAACAUCUUGUUCUAGCUGGUGAAGAAGCUAUUAAACGUGAAAAACGGCGUGAAAGAAAUCGAGAGGCUGCACGAAAAUUAAAAGAAAGACGCCAAUUUAUCGAAGAUGAUCUGAAUCAACAACUCAAGAAACUUCAAGGUGAACAUGCAUAUUUACAAAAUUAUCUUCAACAACUUCGACAAAGAAAACAACAUUUACAACAACAAAUCAAUAAUUUUCUUAAUGAUCCUAUCGAUAAAUUAUUAUCAAAUGAUAAUCAAAAUGUUACUUUAUUUUUUGAACAAUAUUUAGAUGAUUUGAAUUUUAUUGAUGAACCAAUCGAAAAUAUUUUAAAUUCUGACUUAAACAUUAAUUUUAAUUCAUUUGUAGAUAAUUAG